GUUUGUUCUGCUUGGAUCUGCAAAAUAUUACAUUUUUCUUCUGUUUUCUUUUCUGCUUCAUCCUGUAAAACCAAGAUCCUGUUUCUGCAACCAAACAUGAACAGAGAAGUCUCUGAGCCAGUUCAUAUUUGUUUCUUUCCCUUCAUGGCUCAGGGCCACAUGAUUCCAACUCUAGACAUGGCCAAGCUUUUCUCCAGCAGGGGAGCCAAAUCAACCAUCAUCACAACCCCAAUCAACUCUAAGAUUCUAGAGAAACCAAUUCAAGCAUUCAAAAAUCAAAACCCUGAUCUCGAAAUUGGAAUCAAGAUCUUUGACUUCCCUUGUGUAGAGCUUGGUUUGCCUGAAGGGUGCGAGAACGUUGACUUCAUCAACUCAUACCAAAAACCUGACGCAGGUGACUUGUCCUUGAAGUUUCUUUUCUCUACCAAGUAUAUGAGACAGCAACUGGAGAGUUUCCUUGAAACAACCAAACCGAGCUGUCUUGUGGCCGAUAUGUUCUUCCCUUGGGCCACGCAAUCCGCCGAAAAGUUCGGUGUGCCAAGACUUGUGUUCCACGGCACAUCGUUCUUUUCCUUGUGCUGUUCUUAUAACAUGAGGAUUCAUAAGCCUCAUAAGAAAGUCGCUAUGCGUUCUACACCUUUCGUGAUCACUGGUCUCCCCGGGGACAUACUUAUGACAUCACAGCAAGCUAAUGUCAGCAACGACGAAACUCCAAGGGGAGAGUUUAUGAAAGAGGUCAGAGACUCGGAGUCCAUCAGCUUUGGUGUUUUGGUGAAUAGCUUCUACGAGCUGGAAUCGACUUAUGCUGACUUUUACCGUGAUUCUGUUGCGAAGAGAGCUUGGCAUAUCGGUCCGCUUUCGCUCUCCAACAUAGAUCUUGCGGAGAAAGCUGGAAGAGGGCAAAAAGCAAACGUUGAUGAGACGGAGUGCCUGAAAUGGCUCGAGUCUAAGGCACUUGGUUCAGUAGUUUACAUUUCCUUUGGCAGCGGAACUAGCUUCACCGACGAGCAGCUGUUAGAGAUUGCUUCCGGUCUUGAAGGCUCUGGUCAAAAUUUCAUUUGGGUGGUUAGGAAAAACGAAAACCAAGGUGAAAAUGAGGAGUGGUUGCCUGAAGGGUUUGAGGAGAGAACAAAAGGGAAAGGACUGAUCAUACGAGGUUGGGCCCCACAGGUGCUAAUACUUGACCACAAAGCGGUUGGAGGGUUUGUGACACACUGUGGAUGGAACUCGGCUAUGGAGGGUAUUGCUGCGGGGUUACCUAUGGUAACUUGGCCGAUGGGCGCAGAACAGUUUUACAACGAGAAGCUAUUGACAAAGGUGUUGAAAACAGGAGUGAAUGUAGGAGCUACAGAGUUGGUGAAAAAGGGAAAGUUGAUUAGUAGAGAGGAAGUGGAGAAGGCAGUGAGAGAAGUGAUAGUUGGGGAAGAGGCAGAGGAAAGGCGGAAACGGGCUAAGAAGCUAGGCGAAAUGGCCAGAGCAGCUGUUGAGGAAGGAGGGUCUUCUUAUAAUGAUUUGAACAAGUUCAUGGAAGAGGUGAACGGUAGAAAGUAGAAGAAAAGUGAACAUAUUUUCAUGUUUCUAUUUAACAUGUUUCAUGUUAACCGUUAGCUUUCGCUACGACCGCUAAGUCGGUCGUAUACAUUCGAUGGAAUGUAUUUGGUAAAUGAGAUGUGUGUAUUUGGUCGCUGAAUUUUAAUCAAAUAUUUUUACUGAA